AUGUCGUGGCGACAAAUAUUUAUUGGCUUUCUUAUAUUUGCAACUCUUGCGAUACCUAUUGUCCAAUUAUCUUUCGGCUUCCAUUACAUAGGAAAAACGACCGGCUGUCCCAUAAUGAAUGACAUUAUGUUAUUGAUGGCUAUUGGUGGCGUAUUUGAAGUGAUAUUUUUCGCUGCAAGUUUCGGAUUUGUCUAUGCUAUCACGCCAGCGAAGUACAAAAAGAAAAAAGAAAAAGCAACACCAAAACCAAAUACGCAAGAAAGUAACCGCGCGUCUAUGGUUCUUGUUGGUUGUAUAACAGGUAUAUUAGGGGCAUGUGCUGUUAUAUUUUUUGUACUUAUACAAUUACGAGUGUAUGGAAAUUUUAACAAAGUUGAUGUAACGAAUUCUUCAUCGUCCAAUUAUUGUCUAUUUACAAUAUUCUCCAGUGCUUUCGAACCGAUUCGGCAUCAACGUUCUCCAGAUACGGCCUUUGCAAAUUCUCAUCGUUCCACUGAUCAACAAGUUAAAAGUCGGCAAAAAGUCGCUCAAGUAAGUGUUGUUGUUACGCAGCCCGGGAGAAGCGUUUGGGAGUUUGAACACCCAUGGUCACAUGCCAUUUGCUCAUGUUGUACAGAUGGAAAACAAUGCUGUUUUGCUUUCUUUUGUCCCUGUUGUUUUGAAUAUGCAUUAUAUAAACGAGCCGGUGAAACUUGCUGGGCAUGUUUGUGUCCUGGUGCAAGAUAUGCUCUUCGAUCAAAAAUUCGUACUGCAUUUCGAAUUGAGGGUAAUUUAGUUAAAGACUGUUGUAUUUCAACAUGUUGCCCAUGCUGUGCAGCCAUUCAACUUAAUCGCGAAUUGGAUUAUCAAGGUCUUUGA